AUGGCUGCCGGCCGUUCCAGGACACCUCAUGGUUACAGCCGCCCACCACAGCCCAACUCCGGACCAGCAGACGCCAGCGAGGUCGCCGCCGAGUUCCUCGUUGGUCAACAGAGCGCGGCAACUGUGAUUACUGCAGCUUAUUUGGGGGACAGGCCCAGUUAUGCGGACACAACGACCCAAGUGAGUCCCAGAGUAUUGAAACCACCGUACCCAUUUUCCCGUUUCGUGAUAUUUCACUGUCCACCCAGUCACUUUCAAUCGAUGUCCUAUUAUGGGGUAAGAAGGUACAAGCUCUAG